AUGAAGUUUAAGGCAAAAACAUUUAUUAACCUUUUUAAUCUUAAAAAAAAAAACAAAAGAUCCUCAAAUGAAAAAAAAUGGUUGGACAAAGCAAUUAAACAGAAAAGAAUUAAUCUUAAAGAUUACAGUAUAUUUUCCGAUAUUACUUAUAUCAAUAAAGGUACUUCGGGACAAAUUUAUAGAGCUAAAUGGAACAAUGUAUAUGUAGCAUUGAAAGAAAUUAAAGAUGACAGUGAUAUGAAACGAUUUGUUUACGAGUUUAGAUCACAUAAACGAGUUGAUUAUCACGACAAUAUUUUGAAUAUUCACGGGAUAACGAAAGAUCCCAACUCGGGCAAUUAUUUAUUGGUUUUGCAAUAUGCAAACCACGGGACGCUCCAUGAAUAUUUGUCUGCGAAUGCUGAUAAAUUGGAUUGGGAAAACAAACUACGUUUGGCAUAUCAGCUUGCUAGUGGUAUACAAACAUUGCACCAUGAAGGAAUAAUUCAUCGAGACUUGCACGCGGGAAAUGUUCUUAUAGUUAAUGACAAUAUUAAAAUUUCUGAUUUUGGAUUAUCAAAAUCCAGAGAACAAGUUUACGGGAACAUGAGGUACACAGAUAUCAGACGUAUCAGAUACCCCAAAAAUGAGAAAUCGGACAUCUUUAGUUUAGGAGUUUUGUUAUGGCAAAUCUCAAGUUGUAGGCCUCCUUAUGAAUCAAUUAAAAAUUAUGAGCAUCUUUAUCCGUACGAUAUAAGAGAAGAUAAGGUCGAUGGAACACCUGAGGAAUACUUUGACUUAUACACCAGAUGUUGGGAUGCAGAACCAGAUAAUCGACCUGAUAUCAAAUUUGUUGUUAAAUGUCUUGACGAACUAAGAAAACAUUACACCGUACCAAAUGCUAAAAAGAAUUCUAUGAAUGAACACUUACAAAAUGCUUCGAUAGAUCCUAACAAUUAUCUUGAUUUGCACGAACUUAUAAAUAGACGAGAUCUGCGUAUGAAACAAAUGAUGGGUGGCACUAGUAAGAAUGAUAAAUAUAUUAGUGACUCUAACAACAACUGCAGUAACGAGGCCACAGUUAAUUCUUAUAGUCAGCUUUGCAAUUCUCAUAAUGAAAAUGCUUACUGUAAUUCAUCUUUACAUUCUAUUACAAUGUUCAUCCCGCCUCCUCCCAAAUCUAAUAAUAAUAAUAACUUUUAUUUUCUUCGGCAUAACAGCAAUGGCGAUGAUUAUAAUAACGCUGAAUAA